CAAAGCGAGCUGCGAAAGGGGAGCGCGCAAGUCGGAGUACAUUAAUUAGACCGCAGCUCGUUUGAACACCGGCUUCCGUACACAAUACAGCUUAAACACAACUUAAGUGUACCGUUAAUAUAUACAUUUAAAAAAAACAACCAUCCUGAAACAGCAGGUAUAUAUUUUUAUGCCCCUUCAUUUCUCUCUUGUUCUUUCUCUAAUGAGAGUGAAGAAGUGGGUCUAGCGGCGCGGCGGGGGAGCUGAAUUUCACGCGUUCGCCUCAACUUUGUGGAAAUAUGUGAAGUGUGAUAAAUGCCACUGGAAAAUGGAGCAGUCGGCUACUCUGGACAUAGAGACUCUGAAGAUUACCCAGGAGCAGUUUAUUCUUGCAUCCCAGUCCCUGCACCUCCAACGACCAGGCUGCGAUGCCGUGUACCCGGUGGGUUUAUACGGGUGGAGAAAAAGAUGCCUUUAUUUCUUCCUGCUACUGCUCCUGGUUACCAUGAUAGUUAACCUGGCCCUCACCGUCUGGAUCAUAAAGGUUAUGAAUUUCUCAGUGGAUGGAAUGGGAAACCUCAAGCUGAACCAGGAUGGGAUUCGCAUGGAGGGAAUCAGCGAGUUUCUUUUGCCUCUGUAUGUUAAUGAGAUUCAGUCCAGAAGGGACAGCUUGUUGGUCUUGCGGUCAGACAAGAACGUAACGCUGAAUGCCAGAAACGAACAAGGCCUGCUAACUGGUCAGCUCACAGUGGGUCCUGAGGCUGUGGAAGCCCAGUGUCAGAGGCUGGAGGUGCGAAGCAGAGACGGGGGCACACUUCUGUUCACUGCCGACGAGGAGGAGGUCAUCAUGGCAGCAGAAAAGUUCACAGUCACAGGCUCGGAAGGAGCCGUGUUCGGACAUUCAGUGGAGACUCCCCUGAUCCAGGCGAGGGCUUCUGAAGACCUGAAGCUCGAGUCUCCCACGCGAACCCUGACCAUGGAGGCUCCCAGAGGGGUGGAAGUAAGUGCCGCUGAAGGGUCGCUGAAGGUCAGCGGUCGCAAGGAUCUACAGCUAGAGUCCACUGAAGGAGAGAUACUUUUAGAUGCCAACGCCGUUCAGUUUGGAGGCCUCCCGCUUGGCACCUACACAGCGUCGCCCAGGCAGACCUCGCAGGAGCAGACCGUGUACGAGGUGUGCGUUUGUCCCAGUGGCAAGAUCUACCUCUCUCCCGCAGAGAGCAGCUCCACCUGCCAGGCCAUGAGCAACAUCUGCCUCUGGAGCUGACCUGGGAGCAGCGGCGGUUGAGCGGAGACAGUUAGAACAUCUGCUCUGGAGCUGCAGAGAGCGGGAUGGGUCUCUCCGAUGGUACAAAUGACAGAGUGGGACACUGAGAUGGAGCUGGUAAGAGAGGCUGCGGUCAGGUCAGCACAGAAGCAUCCAGGUUGCUACCUGCAGUGCGUUGAAGGAGGUCAGGACUCUUCCACCAGUGGAAGUCGCAGCGGCUCUCUGAAAUCAGGAAUAUCCCACACGGAGAGGAGAGCCUCCAUCUCCUUAUUAGAUUCAGAGGACACGACUUUUAUUUUUCUACUCCAGGUUGAGUGCUGGCAGGCAGUGACUGUUUUUAUGAUAAGGAAGAAGAGGAGAGGCGGGGAUGGAUGAAACACAGGUGCCUUCAGCUUUAAAUGGCUUCAUUCUAAAACUGUCUGUGCAGCUGGAGUCAGACAUUAGCUGUAAUGGUAGAAAGUGGAGUAAGCACAAUGAUGUUUUUUCCUCUAAAAAUCCCAUAGACUGAAUAUAAAAGAUGGACAUAAUCACUGCAAAGCCGCUAACAGGUGUGUGAAGCCUUGAGUGUAGCUUUUUGAUGGGCACAUCUUUGUUAGAUCUAACAAACUGAGCAACACUGCACAAACAUACAUGAAAAACUUGCUAACUACAUGCAUUACCCAGUUUGUCCAUGAUGGCACCAAUGGUGACCUUUGUUAAAGUAGCCCUGAAAAUACUGAUUGAGCCCAAAACAUGACAGAAAAUGGUUUAUUGUGUUCAUGAAGAGAGAAGUAGGAUCAUUUUCUCAUACAGUCGAGCUUCUUUCGCAACAAGAUGAGUCGCCCUCUGCUGGUCAUUAAAAAAAAUGCAGGUUUAUCCACAUUGCAAAGUUAUUUCCAUGUUUUAUAUGCAGUCUAUAAAAAAAUUUAGAUUGUUUUUGUUUUUGAAUGAUCUCAAUAGGUGUGUGUUUGUUUUCUACUCUGUCAGAGGUUGUGUAUUAAACUUGUUUCUGUGUGGCACUCAUCGUUCUUGACAUUUAACUAUUCCCCGAGGUUCAGGUGGACAGAUUUCCAAAGACUUCGCUCUCUAAGAUAACUAUGACAUGAUGCACUGCAACUUUAGCUGGAAGACCGUCUCAUUGAGAGUACCCGUUUGGAGCGUAUAUCACAUAUUAUGUGAUAUUCAUUGCGUUGAAAAUUAAGUUUAGCUGAAUCAAGGAUAACUUAAACUAUAAAGAAUGAACAUCAUGUGAUCAAACGCUCCAGAACAGCAGGUCAGUGGACCUUGUGGUAAGUGUUUCUUUGACAUUUGUUCAAUGACAGGGGAAAGUCCCCCGAUUCUCGAGUACUACAGCGCCACCAGUAGGGCAGAAGUUGAAAGUGCAUUUAAGUCGUACCUCACAAAAAAAUUAGGUGUGGUUGGAUAACUUGAGACUAUUUCAAAGCACCCUAUUAAGUCAGUUUCUGCCAUACUGAAUUUUGUUAAAGCAUUUAAUACACCGGGCACGUUUGUUAUUUUCCCCAAGUCAGCACCAAAGAACGCACAGACCAUCUUCAGAUUAAGCCUCACAAAAGCUGAAAUUAGUGGCAAAGUUGACAAACAAGCAAAGUCGCGUACCGUCAAAGCUGCGAUUAGUCUAAACUAAACUCCAGACAAAUGCACGUUGGGUGACUUAGUAAUUCUAAAUUUGCCGUAGACGUGAGUGUGGAUGGUUGUGUGUCUCUCUGUGUGUUUGCCCUCUAAGACAAACUGGUGACCUGCUCAAGGCGUGCCCCACCUUUCCUGCUAUGACAGCUGGGAUAGUCUCCAGCUUCCUGCGACCUUAAAUUAAACAAGUGUUUAAGAACGUGGAUGGAUGGAAAUGUAUUUAAUAGUCAUCUCAAGGUAUUUUAUAUAACGCAUGCUGUACACCUUAACUGAUAUUCACUAUCUUGUUUCUUUCUUUUUAGGUCUCAGGGCUCAGCUGGUACUCCAGUCUCCUCCUUCAUACUGGUGGAUGCUGUAGGAUCAUGGGCAGGCUGGGGCCUAUCCCAGCUACCACAAGUGGGAUACACCCUGGGCAGAAACGUGGAUGUCAAUAUUCUGAUUUACCAAGAUUUCUGCAUCUCCUGGAAUGGGCUCCAUCCAAUUGUGGCACUUUGACUCACUCAGGUUCAGGGAUGAACUGAUCAUGUUGGUCAAAGCGUCAGGUGACUUCACAGCAAAACAAAAGUUUAAGGCUGAUUAUGACAAAAGUUCAAAGACUUUACCCCCAAAACGUGACAUAAUGUUAAAGACAUGAGCCAACAGGGUGAGUGGGUGCUCCAUCACCAUGGUGGUUAGCACUCUCUGAAUGCAGAGUGCUAACUCUGAAAUGCAUGUGUUGCAGAUUGGCUAUAAUCUAAUCUUUUAUAAACCACCAUCUCCCUCUGGAUGCAGUUAAUUAGGUGUGACAAUAGUUUAAUAUUACUAGCAGGGUCACAGCAGGGUCUUGGGUUUGAAUCCACUGGCUGAUGAGUUUGCAUGCUCUCCCCGUGUCUGGGUUGGUCUCUCAUGAGACUUCCUCCCAAAAGUUCAAAAGUAUGCAGGUGUAGCCUACCUCUCAACUAAUGACAACAGCAACAGGCUUCAGCACAACAACAACCCUGUACUGCAACAACUGGAAGAAGACGGCUGUGACUCUUUUGUGCCCAUCUGUUCCAUCAUUUUAGUUUUCUCUACUUAUGAGUUUGAAAAAUGACAUUUUGCUCUGAUUUUGGUGUUCCACCGUUUUUCUUGUCUGUACCCGCUGUAAGUAAAUCUUUUUAGCAAGAUGUUUUUCUGUUUCAUUUUCACCUGUUUGGAUUGCAGAUGGUGUGAUUUGUGUAAACAAUGCCCUUCUGUAGGGGGGAGCUGGAAUAGCCCUAAAUGUGAUCACUUUGCAGAUGAUUUAUUUUAUUGUUGAUCACUGACCACCUCCAUGUCGAGAUCAAGACCUGAUUCACACAGAUCUGGUCCACUUCUACACUUUCAAUCACAUCUGUAACAGGACACCCCACUACAAGCGUUCUCUAGAAAGGUCCAUCAAUGCCCCAUGAAGUUAGUUUAUAUCUUUAAAAAAAAGAAAAGAGAAAGAAAAGGAUGAUGCAAGAAUCCAGAGUAUAAAGAAACUUUAAUUGUUGGAUUAAGAACAACCUUCACAAUUUGAGGACUUAUAUAUAUUUUUAAAAAAAUGUGCAAUGGCAUUUCAACCCUUGAGGUUUUUCAUUUAAGACACGUUUCAGGUAAAAAUAAACUAGGAGCAAUGAAACAGCAUAAUGCUUGUGUUAUAGAGCUGUAUUAAGCUUAUAGUAAAUGUAUAAUAAGAAUUAUGGAUGACCAUAAUGACUACAGAUAAUUUUGGAAAACCGGCUGACCACAGGCCUUAAUUGAACAUAUGUUUAGGCUCUAUAUAUUAAGUAUUUCAACAUAAACAAAACUUGAGGGAUUCCUGCUGCUUAACAUGUUUAAAAGAAAUUAUGUUCAGAGCCAAUGUAAUACUGUAUUUGAUGACCAAUGUUACUUGCAUGACUCAAAAAUUGUCCACAGAACAACUUUUUAAUUAACACUCAAAUUUACUUGUUUACUGAAACAGACUGGCGUGCUUAGCUGUAAGCCUGCUCUGCAGUCUUAGACUAAUCCGCAGACUUUAAAUAAACAAAUAUGUAAAUUA